AUGAGGCAAUCUGGGCAGCCGCCUAAGGCCGGCGACCCUAAGGCCGGGGCAGCCUCUGGGGCGGGACAAUCUGGGCAGCCACCUAAGGCCGGGGCCGCCUCUGGGGUGGGACAAUCUGGGCAACCGCCUAAGGCUGGGGCCGACUCUGGGGUGGGACAAUCUGGGCAUUCGACUAAGGCUGGGGCCGCCUCUGGGGUGGGACAAUUUGGGCAGCCACCUAAGGCCGGGGCCGCCUCUUGGUUUGGGCAAUCUGGGCAUCCGCCUAAGGCCGGGGCUGCCUCUUGGGUGGGACAAUCUGGGCAUCCUCCUAAGGCCGGGGCUGCCUCUGGGGUGAGGCAAUCUGGGCAGCCGCCUAAGGCCGGGGCCGCCUCUGGGGUGAGGCAAUCUGAGCAGCCGCCCCCUAGGGCCAAUCCCCUCCCCAGACUCCCUACAAAUGUGUUCUUUUAG